AUGGAUCUCGCUCCCUCUACCGGCGACAACCCGAACAGCCUCAUCUCCAACCUCGACCACCAAAACAUCCCUUCACCAGCACCUAUCACUCCGGCUACUAACAAUGGCCAACCAACCAUCUCCCAGCCGGCCUCCCACGCCAAUUCUCCCGACCGCAAGCCUAAGAAGUCGUCCCUGACCUGCACCACCUGUCGCGCCCGCAAGGUCCGCUGCAACGGUGCCCGCGACGUCUGCUCUAACUGCGAGCGUCUCGGGUUUCCCUGUUCCUAUGAUGAAGCCGACCCUUCCACAAUGUCCGGCGCCUUGCCGCGCCGUCGCGUCCGCCAGGCCUGCCUGAGCUGCCAUAGCCGCAAGGCCCGAUGUUCCGGUCAUAUGCCCGCCUGCGAGCGAUGUCGCAUCCAAGGGAUCGAAUGUGUCUAUCGGCCCAGCAAGCGAGCCCGCAUCGCCGUGCGAACCGACGGCCGAAGUCCCCAGAGCCAAGAUGGCGAACGGGACGAUGCCCACAAUGAUAGCGACCCGGGACUGACAGACCCUACUAGCAUCGCUACUCCUAACGCUUAUACUCAUGAUACCCCCUACCCCGAUGAAUCUUUCGACGCCUUGAUAGGACGCACCUUCGAUCAAUUCUUCCGCCAUGUCCACCACAUUCCAAUGUUCUCCUUUCUGCAUCGGGCAUCCCUGAUGGAGCGUUAUCACUCAGGCAAGGUCGAAAAGGCUCUCCUCCUCGCGCUCGUAGGAAUCACUUCGUACCUCACCGACAUGGGCCCAGGGAUGCGCGAAUAUGGUGAAAGGUGCAUUGACGAUGCCGAGGGCUUCAUCUUUGCCGAGUACAAUCGCCCGACCACUAUCAAAGUCCAGGCACUGGUUCUAAUAAUCAAGCAUCGUAUCCUCGGGAAAAGGUCUCCCAGCGCAUUCAUGCUGUUGAGCAUUGCCUCUCGCUAUGCCUCAGCCCUUCGCCUGAACCACGAAGCCCCAAAUCUAUGCUUCCUGGCACAAGAAUCACGGAGAAGACUGAUGUGGGCACUAUACUGCGUGGACUCGAGCAUCUCAGGGGGAUAUCGCGAUUACUCGCUUUGGGCGGCUGAUAGGAUACAUGUCGGACUCCCUUGCAACGAGCGCAACUUUGAAUUCGAUCUGCCCCAGUCCACCGAGAGGCUCAUGCACAACCCCGACGCCCCUCAUGUCGAAGAUGUCGGGAGCUUGGCGCUUCACAUCCGAAUACAACACAUGCGGCGGAGAAUCAUGGAAUUUACCAGGCGAGUCGUUCUCAGCCGCAACAUCAAGGCCGACGAGCUUCAGGCUGGUAUCUGGGGCCUGCACAAAGACCUCGCCGAUUUCGCUUCCCACCUCCCGACCUCCUUCCAGUUCUCUGAGAGCUCCCUGCGGUUACGCGCUUACUCUCCUCGAAUAUGCAUCUUUGUCAUGAUCCAUGUCUGGUGGCGACAAUGCCACUGCGACUUGUAUCGUCUGGCCCUUGUGGGGAUGCGAGAAGCCCUACCUCGUUCCGCCAUUGUCAACCUCGAUGAAGCUUUCGUGAACCACUGCCAACAACAAUGUGUCGAGCACUCUCUUGCCAUGGCCAAUAUCUUUGCGUCAAUGCAAAAGCUCAACGCGAAACCAGUGGCAGAUUUAGACUUAGCGGUAUGCGCAUAUCAGUGCGCGCGAGUACUGACUUACGCAUACCACACAAAUGGACCCAAAUACGAUUUAUCCGGGGACGCCGUCGUGGAUCGUGCAAAGGUUUGCCUUUACACAAUCAAGGAGUGUUGCGUGGGAAAGACGGCCGAUGGUAUCAAGAACGACUUGGAAAAACUAAUUGCUCACGGAAUCAAGACAACGCCGUCGACCCCAGAUGGACAAAUGUCGAUCGAUAAUGGAUUCCCUCGACAGUCUCUCCUCAAAUCCGUCUCGAUGCCAGGCAUCCAUGAGUUGAACGAGUCAUCGCAGUUUGGCUCCAUGGGUCCAAUGUCCCUAGGACCUAUGACUGAUUCGACAUUCCCUCCCUCCCUCGUCGCCGAUCCGUGGGCGCCCGAAAGUCAAGUAUCCCCAGACUUAGUACAACCACCUGCCGAUGUCCAGGUAACCAACAAGACCAACACGGCGAUGCCCGAAAUUGUCUCUCGUCCAGAGUUUGGCGUCUCGGAACUAAACAACGCAUACGAGGGUGGAUUAGAAGGUCUAGGUCUCGAAAACAGUGUGGAUUAUGGCAUGGGACUGGAUCAGAACUUGUGGAUACCAAGCAACGACUGGCUUGGGGUGGAGUCACUUAAUGGGGGCGUGGGGGCUUGA